CUGCUAGAAGAGUGCCAUUCUUGGCACAGUCUCUUAUGCCCUGGAAGAAGAUGGCUCAGCGCUACCUAUCGAUCAUUCUCCUUUGCCUCCAAACCUGUCUGGAAGCAGCUGAAAGCAACACAGACAUUAUCACAGUGAAUGGGAUUCUGGGGGAACCAGUUACUUUCCCUUUAUGUAUCCAAGAAUUACAGCAAGUUAUCAGUAUUGCUUGGAUGAACUCCAAAACUUCUGUUGCUCUUGUAGUAGUACCAGACUCAAGAGCAGCACUCCAAGUUACGGUGACCCACGAAAAUUAUUAUGAACGAAUAAAUGUCUCACAUCAGAACUACAACCUGGAGAUCAGCAAUCUGAAGAUGGAAGAUACAGGGAUCUACAGGGCUGACAUAAAUGUAAAGACCUCUAAAAUGAUGAGCACCAUCACCAGGAGCUACAGCCUUCAAGUCUAUCGCAGGCUUGGGAAGCCAAAAAUUACUCAGAGUUUAAUGAUAUCUGUGAACAGUACCUGUAAUGUCACACUGACAUGCUCCGUGGAAAAAGAAGAAAAAAAUGUGAUAUAUAGUUGGAGUCCCCUGGGGGAAGAGGGUAGUGUCCUUCAAAUCUUCCAGACUCCUGACAACCAAGAGCUGACUUACACAUGUACAGCCUGGAACCCUGUGAGCAACAAUUCUGACUCCAUCUCUGCCCAGCAGCUCUGUGCAGAUAUCACAAUGGGACUCCAAACUCACCACACUGUGUUGCUGAGUGGGCUGGCUGUCCUCUCUCUGUUUAUACUCAUUCUACCUCCAGUGCUUUUGUUCCUUUUGUGCAAGAGGAAACAAGAUCCCUACUUGAAGAUCUUCAGUAAGGAACCCGAUGCCGCCUCAAAGAACACAACAUACACAUAUUUCAUGGUUUCAAGAGAUGCCCAACCAGCAGAGUCCAGAAUCUAUGAUGAAAUCCCCCCAUCCAAGGUGCUCCCCAUCAAGGAGAUGCCAGUAAACACGAUUUAUUCCAUAGUGCAGUACUCUGAUAAGAUGAAAAAAAACAACGUUCAGGACAGCAAGCCUCCUGGGACUUCAAGCUAUGAAUUUGUGAUCUAAGCUACCAGACAGCAUUCUCUCCAUGGAAACUAAACUACAACCAUAGAUAAUGACAGAUGCUCUGGAUCCAGACAUUGUUUACCCAGAUCUCACAUGAAGAUUGCAUAUCACCACAUCCCAACAUGUAAGCAAAACAGGAAACCCUCUGUUGCUGGAAAUAGCUUGUGCCUACAUAGGCAGAUGGACAUGUGCUCUUUCUGAAAUGGCUGCCUUCUGGAUGAAUGAUAAGACAAGUCCCCUGGCACAGUGAUUCCCAAUCUUCUUUACAUCACAGCACACGCAGAUAUAUUUUUAUGGUACAGUGGGGUAAACAAUCACGAAUGUUCAGGUCCAGAGAUUGCCCGUGGCUACAGGCUUCUCAUGACUACAGUUAA